GAUGUGGCGGGGCAGAUGUGCUUGUAAAAUAUUUAGUUUGCCAGCAGUUCUGAACUCAAAAGACGACGAGGAGCCCAUGCUACUAUAUUAUUAGUUCCAGAACGCAGCUUGACCAAAAGAGGGAGGUGGAUUAUCUUAACUAUUUCAAGCUUCUAUUAAGUUUCCGAGAAAAUAUCCAAAAAGGAGGCCAGGGCGGGGGACUAGAAAAACAUAGCGGGGAAAUCAUCACACGUUGGAUGAUAUAUCAACGGACGUUGUUCUGGACAUCUCUGAUAUCUCCUGGAUACGUUCUCAUUUUGUUCUCAUUUGGUUGACAUAUAUUAACUAUAUUCUACUGCACACCGUUAAGUUACAUUUUCGAAAUUCUUAUUUUCACAUUCUAAAAUCUGUACAAUUACGCGCGAACCAAGGCUGUGGUCCUAUCGGUUGGCCUGAAAGAGAGAGCAAUAACCGCCGUUUUUUCCAAGGGUUAUCUUCUUCUUGGAAAUACAUUUCAUCAUCAUAUCUGGACGCCUUAAAAGAAUCUCUCUGACCACCCGUCAUGACCCAUGCAAUACCCUCCAAGACCAUUCACAUCCAUCGGCACCAGCACCAUCUAAAAUGGUCCAAACAAAUUCCCCCAGUCCAAACCAUCAACUCAGGCGACAUAGUCCACUUCGACGCCAUAGACGGGAGCAACGGCCAAAUAACCAAGACCUCCACAGAGAGCGCACUGAGCACCUUCGACAUCGCGCGCGCUGACCCUGCUGUGGGGCCUGUUUUUGUCACAGGCGCGGAACCAGGCGAUGUUCUGGAAGUCGAGAUCCUCGACCUGGAAACCACGGAUUGGGGUUGGACGGGAAUAUUUCCUGGCUUUGGCCUCUUAUCGGAUGAGUUUCCCGACGGGGCGCUGAAGAUCUGGCAACUGGAUCCCGACAAGCCCUAUGCACUCUUCAAAGAAGGCAUCCGGAUCCCACAACAGCCAUUUUUGGGCGUUAUGGGCGUCGCCCCGGGGGCGGAGGGGGAAUUUUCUAUGAUCCCGCCCACGAAUGCGGGCGGGAAUAUCGACUGUCGCUAUCUCACCGUGGGAUCCAAGCUAUUUCUCCCCAUCCAAACGCCCGGCGCACUAUUCAGCUGCGGCGACGGACAUAUAGCGCAGGGAGAUGGGGAAGUUUGCGGCACCGCUAUUGAAACUCCUCUGAAAGCCACCCUCCGACUCUCAAUUCACAAGAACCAGCCAUGGUUAAUAGCGCCGCAGUUUCAGACAACCCCGCGAACGGCGGCGGGUAUACACGGCGCUGACCAGGCGCUGCCGGCAGAUAAAGGGGAAUAUGCGACUAUGGGGAUUGACCCAGACCUGCUCGAGGCAGCAAAGAAGGCGACUCGAAGUCUCAUUGAGUGGCUAGUCAGGAACAAGGAGUUAACUCGGGAAGAAGCGUAUAUGUUGGCGAGCGUGGCGGGGAAUCUCAAAAUUGUAGAGAUUGUGGACAUGCCGAACUACGCAGUCGCGAUGUCUUUGCCUUUAAAUAUAUUUGUAUAGAGAGUAUGAUUCCGUUUUGGCACAUAUUAUUCAAUUAACUUAGAUGCUUCUGAGCGCCUGUUUGGCCGCUGGCAAGGAGCAUCCUUGGCUACUCAUGCUUUAUCUUUAU